GCGGCCGCAUGGUCCAAUUCCAAUUCUCGCUCAGGAAGGGAGUUAUGGCAUUUUAGGACAAUGAUCCCCCUUCGGAGGUGCUCAACAACAACGGACUCUUAUCAAACACAAGAGGACAAUAUGUUUUUUGUUUUCAACAAUUACUUUAAACAACGCUUGGCAGGAUUGGGAUUUUGGCAUAAAGAUCCGACAAAAGCCUAGUGUUAAAACUACUUGGAGCUUGCUCAACGACUAAGCGGGACUGCUAAUGGAUCUGCGCGUUUGCAAAAGAUCUUGUUCACUAGAUUGACAUGGCACACCAGUAGCCCAAAUAACCGGCUGACGCCCUCAUAACGGCAACGGCAAAGAAUGUCCUUUGGGAAUCCUCACAAUUCCUCUCUACAAUCCCUUCGCUCCUCUACCGCCGCCUGGAUACCUCAAGAGAAAGAGAGCUCUGGCACGACCGCAGCAAUUUCGACAGCAUCCAAGCAUACCUCCAUUCACCGGCCGCCCUCUUCUUUCUUUCCGGCGCAGCAUCCACUCCCUUACCCUCUUGCUCUGUCCAAUGUAUCAGCGCUUGAAGCCCCAACUAAGAUAACUGCAUACUUCCCAAAGCUACCGGAAGGCGCACAGGCGCACCAGACUUUGUUGGUUGGAGCAAACGCUGCAAUAGCAGUAAAGAGGGCAUGUAGAGGACCUCAGGAAAGAACACUCGAAGAUGUAAAAGUGCGACAAGCAGCUAUUGAUGCCCUUCAAACGUCGGGCGUCCUUGCCCUGUAUCUGGACUUUACUGACAUGACACCUACACAACUCCGCAGUGAGAUUACACGAUACCUCUCCUGUCUUCCAUCAUCCUUCCCCCGAAUCUAUCGAGAGUUUUCUCAUCUAUCCAUAAACAAGGCGGCAGAUGCACCACAUGAGGAGGCACAUGCCAACAAGCGCCCUAGAAAUUCCUGAACUGGCAAAUUGCUCAAUUCGAUAACUAGAAUGCGUCAGUAUGGUUGGCAGCGUGGACGUAAGGACGGUCUUACGUCGCCGCUCCGCAAGAUGGCACGGAUCAGAAGAUUGCCGCGUACCCGGAGGUUAGGUUAAGCUCCGUCAACUAUACUAAUAGAAGCUCUGAUCAUGGGAUGGCCAAUAGAUAUUGUACAGACUUUGAAUUACAUGAAUUGCCCUUCCA